CCAGGGCGCCGGUUUCCACUCGAACGCAGGAAACGGAGCUGGGGGUCGCGUCAGAGGCUUGGGGUCAGGGUGGGGGCACAGGCUCGAACCCAGCCUGCUGUGUCCCACGUUCUCUGCCUGAACGUGACGGGAAGUUCGGCCCCAAGGAUGUUUUGACAUUAUGAACGUAGAAGCAUAUAAAUCAGAAUCACAUUAACAUCAAUGCAUUUUUUUGGUUGUGGACUUUUCUAGAACAAACCUGAAUUGGCCAUUUUCUUUUCCCUGAUUAAUUUUCUAUAUAGCCCAGGUAAACCGUUUUCUCACUGUUGCUUUUUUCCUCGUUUUCAUUUUGUUACAGUAUUUUUAUAAUCGGAACCAUUUUUAUUUGGUUAAAAUUUAUCACAACGUUUUCUAUUUUAAUUUUACCAAGAAAUGUUUAUUUAUUAAUCAUUUUAGUGAAACGUUACAAAUUGCUGCUUCGGCCAUCAUGAGGCAUUUAUUAUUUUAAUGGUCAUUGUUUCUACCAACUUCAGUUUUCUUAAUUUUAAGCCGUAAUCGGUUUUAUUUUGCAUUAUUUUAACUGGCCAGUUUUUCCUAUGACCCAGUCACAGCAUCCUCCACAUCAAAACUUAAACAUCUCAACCCACCCUGUUCCCCCUCAAGGUCACGUUCAAAAUCUUGCUCCAUGCCCCCACCCUCUUCCUGCUUUUCACUGGUCCAACCAAAACUGUUUUAGACUUUUGAAUACAAUGUAAACCAAAAAAGUGUGACUCCUGUCAUUAAGUAGACGUAAACAUUUCUGAAUGACAAAACUUCCUGAGCUUCUCUGUUUGAGGUCAUCUAUUUCAAUCGAGUCGGUUCCUUACUGCUCACACCAUAACCACUAAACUUUAGAGCACCAUUUGGGGUACUUAAAAUGCAGGGCACUAGCAGACCUGGAGCCGCCUCGAAACACUCUGCAGUCAUCGCUCCGAGCGCCAGGAGUGACUUCCCCCAGUAGCCAUGUGAGAAGAGAAUGGAGAGGGUCGUGAUUUUAAGGAUGAGCCCCUAAAGGUCCCGGGGACCCUCCAGCCCGCAGUGAAGGCGCCUAGGGAACCCUUGGUUAGACUCAGCGGAGCAUUUUAUUCCUGGGGAGUAAGUCUGAGUCGGGUGGCCCAGGGGGACAAGUACAAGCCUUGUGUUCCGUUACUGGCUUUCUCGUUCUGUGUCAUUUGUAGAAGCUGAUGGUUUCAAAUACACUGGCCAGGGAGCCCUAGUUAUAGUCCUGGCAUCGUCCCCAGUUGUCAUACAGGCUGUGUCCUCACCACGGGGUCUUCACACUUGCCUGGGUGUACCUCCCUCCCCAGUUUGCUCAGCCAGCUCCUGGUCAUCGCUCAGACUGUACCCAAAUGCCUUUUUCAGGAGGCCUUUCUGCGCAGCCUACCCCAGAACACUGCCCUGUUCUACGCUCUGACAGCUCUGCUCUCAUCUCAGGUUUAAUAAACGCGCCGCAUCAGCCCAGGGAUCACACGGGUGAGCAGGUCUGGGUCAACAAAAAACCAGUGAAUGCUUGGGCCAAGGGAGCAGAGUCAGAGGGACAAGCCAAGAGACGACGCUCCGUCAUACCAUCCUCGACUCACUGCCUGCUGGAAUUGCUCCCUCUCCCUGUGAGUCCCACUCCUGGACGACCACUGUGGGCUGCUUCCUCCUCUACCCUGACGUCAUCACAAUGGCCAGAGCGUGCUGGCCUGGGGCCUCUGUGACAUCACCAAAGGCCCAGCCCUAACUACCCAGUGUCCGGGUGCAACGCAAACACACCCACCAUGAGCAACUUCCUCCCCCGUCUCUGCUCACCAUGCGGAUGCUGAAAUGGUUCUUGUUUUUGCCCCUGUGUCUCUCCUGCGGCUAUGCCUUUAUGUUUUCUUCUCUGAGAGACCCGGUCAAAGAACCCCAGGGGAAGGUGCCUUGCGGAGGGCACUUUCGGAUUAGGCACAGUCUGCCAGAGCACGCCCACGGCUGGCUUGGAAGCAAGUGGCUCUGGCUCGUUUUUGUCGUCCUGCUGUAUGCGAUACUGAAGUUUCGAGGCGAUAGCGAGAAGCGGAAGGAGAGGGGGCCUCCUGGCCUUCGAGGCUGUUCGCUUCGCCCGAUAACGAAGAAAAAUCAGAAUGCUCCCCCCCACAGAGACUACGCACUCAACACCUUAACCCAGCUCGAGGUGGACCUUGUGAAAUUUGUGUCCAAGGUGCGGAAUCUGAAAGUCACCAUGGCAACUGGCAGUAGCAGCCUCAGGUUUCCGAACUUUGAGAUCCCUGCGGACCCACACAAUAAUGUCACAAUCUACGAAAUAUGGGGCGAAGAAAACUAUGACUGAAUGGAUUCGUGUGUCGAAGAAGGAGAGAAGAAGUUGGGCGUCGAUGAACUAUAUGCAGAGUAAUAAAAUUAUUGUGAAGAAAAAUCUGGAAUUUGAGAUCUUUUUUUUCCUCUUUCGAAAAAAUAAAUGCGAGACUAGUAGCCAUAGCUGUGACCGUUGUUUUUGCCUCCGGAGCUGUGGGUGGUGAGAAGGACAAUGACCGUGACACGGUUGCAUGGGUGACAUUCUUGGCCACGAUGCCGUGGCCCCUGCAGGGACGAGGUUUAGGAAA